UGCCGCUGAGCUGGAAAGCAGAGCUCGUCGAGCUGACCAAAGAGGUUGCUUCACUUCCGUCGGCUCAUUCGCACUCUGGGAACCAUACAGUGCACAUAUGUAGGGACACUCAUGUGGACACAUAUUAAAUAUGGAUAUGGAUAUGGAUAUGGACAUUACCAUCAACGCUAGUGAGGUGCUUGAAUUUUCAUCAUAUCUUCUAUCGUCUUUUGCCAACGCCGAUAGCAAUGGCAGUGGCAGCAAUAUCGGCGCUGAUUCGGAGGACUCACUUAUUUGCAAUUCUCGCAAGCCAGCAGUGCCCAGGCAGAAGAUCAACGCUCGGGAGCGGCACCGUACUUUCAACGUGAAUGCUGCAUACGAGGAACUGCGCGGUCUAAUUCCGACGGAGCCCGUAAACCGCAAAUUAUCCAAAAUAGAAAUAAUACAUUUGGCCAGUAGCUAUAUCACACAUCUUCGCAGCACAUUGCACGCAGGAACUGACAGGCAGCCGUGCAUGCGGCAAAAGUGGGAACUCAAGUGCGGCAACAAUGGCAGCAGAGUUGCGGAGCGCGUAAGCAUCUGCACAUUUUGUAUGAGACCAACUUCACAAACAACGGAAAGUCUGGAAUAGUUUUAAGCUUAUUUGAAUAAGUAUAAUAAUAUAAUAUAUAUAAUAAGAAGCAUUUACAUUCGGGUCGGGAUUGCUUAUAUUAUAUUUCCUUUAACUCAAGUAAUUCAUUUCGGGCGGUUGAAAAUAGUUUAGUUCCGAUAGAUAACGACCCAAAAAACAAGGUUCUACCUUAAUAAAUUUAGUUUUGCACAAGGAAUUGAUUUCCGGUGGCAAAUAUUAUCCAUAAUGCCUAGAAAAAUUUAAUA